GGUGGACCUCCCACUGUUUUCAACUACAGCCUCACGUUUUAGACUCGGCCCAUCAUAAACUACCCACUCACUACGAAACGUUUCUUUGGGCUAAUUAAUUAUACAAGCUUAGCCACGGGACGAAACAAGGGCAUUAUCGUCCUUCGCGCAAUUGUAUGUUAAACCCCCCCUUAGAAAUUUACCCAGCAGUCUUCUUCUUCUUGGUUGCUGCCGCCAUUGUUCUGUUCCGGUAGUAGGGAAAGCGAAAGAAGCAGAGGGAGCCACAGAGAUAGUGUUUGUGGGGGAGAUAUGAGGUUACUUACUCAUAAUAUGCUAUCUUCCAACAUCAAGGGAGUGACCUGCGGGUUUCCUCUCCAUAUCGAAGUGGAGCAAGUUGUGGAGAAGGAAGUUGAUUUCAACGCCGAUUUUCUUAGGAACAUGUUCUCCAAAAUCGAUUGGAAGGCGCUUGUUGGGGCCGCGCGAACUAUGGGUUAUCGGGAGCUUCCCGAUGAGGCGCCCGAGUCUUUGGCGCUCAAAUCAUACGAAUUCUUGAGGAAGCUUCAUCAUGCGCUUCUGGAGCUUCACCUGGAGGAGGGUGCUCUAGUUUGUCCGGAAACUGGAAGGAAAUUUCUUGUAAGUAAAGGGAUUCCCAAUAUGCUGCUUCAUGAAGACGAGGUUUGAGGAAGAUUGUUAAUUAGGGUUGUGAUUUAGAUACCGUGAGUUAAGAUGUAAUGAGAUAAAUGGAUAUCGAUUGAAGUAUUUUGUCCUUCACUUGCCUACUCUACUUUCAUUGUCAUUGCGAUCUACGGAGUGGUAUGAAGCUUUUAACUGUUUAAUCCCUUUGUAUUUCACCCCAUAAUUAAUUCGCAUAGUUUAGAAUAUAUAUAUAAUGCUUCCCUGCCA